GGUCUGGCCAAAGGACAGUUAGGGGACGCCAGACUUCUUCAGCCGACAUCGAUGACAGCGGUUCCUCUAGUGUUGGAUCGCAUUUUGAAAGAAAUAUAUGAGAAACUCAACUCCAGAUCUCCCAUAUCUGCACCUCUUUUCACAUAUUUAAUGGAAUAUAAGAUUCGGUGGAAAACUAGAGGAUAUGACACUCCGAUUGUCAACCGAUUGCUGUGCAAAAAGAUAGCCGAAGCGGUCGGCGGGAACUUGGAGUACAUUAUGGUCGGCGGCGCUGCACUCAACCCACGGACACAGGCUCUGCUUAAAGCCGCUCUCAAUUGCAAACAAAUAACUCAAGGAUACGGGGCCACAGAAACGUGCGGAGGUGUGACCGGCAUGUAUGCGGACGAUCUGACCUACGGUAGUAUUGGCAUUCCUCUGGAGGGCGCGAAUAUGAAAUUGGUUGAUUGGGCUGAUGGGGGCUAUUUAACCAAGGACAAACCUAAUCCAAGGGGAGAGCUCAUGAUUGGCGGCGAUCUUGUGGGAGACGGCUAUUAUAAGGCGCCCGAACUGACCGCCGAAGCGUUUGUCACUGAUAGCGAUGGUCUUCGUUGGUUCUAUACGGGAGAUAUCGCUGAAGUGUUUCCCGACGGACACUUCCGCAUCAUUGACAGGAAAAAGGAUUUAACAAAAGUAUCAAAUGGAGAGUACAUCUCAUUAGGAAAAAUAGAAGCUUCGCUGAAAUCAAGCAAAUUAGUUGAGAAUAUAUGUGUUGUGGCCAAUAGUGAAGCCAAUUAUGUGAUCGCUUUAGUGACGCCAAAUAAUAAGGCUCUGUUUAGUUUAGGCCAAGAACUGGGACUACCGGCCAGUUAUGGUAGGGAACAGUUGUGCGCCGAGCCUUCAGUAUGUGAUAGAGUGUUGGAAAGUAUCCGAGAAAGCGCUCAAUUGAAUGAUUUGAAGCGA